AUGACACCACUGAAUCAGGCGGCUUGGAUACCCGCAAAAAAGGUCCUGCCAUUCAAGGUCGGCGAUGCUCCCUACACUCGCCCUGGCUCGGGCCAGGUCGUGGUCAAGAAUUCCGCCGUGGCCAUUAACCCUUUCGACUGGGUAUUGCAAUACAUUGGCCCAGCGCUUGCUGGUUAUAUUAAAUAUCCCUUCAUUUUUGGCACGGACGUUGCUGGAGAAGUAGUAGAAGUCGGCCCCGAUGUCGAGCGUUUCCACGUGGGCGACCGAGUCUGCGGUAGUGCUGUCGCCAUCGCGAAAGAGGUCAACCGCUCUGCCGAGGGAGCUUUCCAGCUCUAUACAGUAAUGCGACAAAAUAUGUUGACGUCGAUUCCCCCAAGCAUCUCCGAUGAACAGGCCUGUGUCUUAGGACUAGGCCUCGGAACUGCAGCGUACGGCCUCUUUCACCCGGAUUAUUUGGGUCUCGACAUGCCUAGGAUUCCGGUACCUACCAAUGUUGUGGGAAAGUCAGGCUUGCCGCGAACUGUCAUCAUCACUGGCGGUGCUUCAAGUGUUGGUAGCAACGCCAUACAGCUUGCUGUGGCCGCUGGCUACCAAGUCUUGUCUACGUCAUCUCCCAAGAACUUUGACUAUGUCAAGGGCCUUGGUGCCACUGGAGUCUUCGACUACAAGAGCAAAACGUUGGUCAAAGAUCUACUCCACGCUCUGAAAGACCAGGAGAUGGCCGGUGCCUACACAAUUGGCAAUGGUGCCGUCGAGGCCUGCACUGCGGUUAUGAGGAAACACGAUCCUAAACUCACCAGGAAGUUCAUUGCCGUGGCCGGCGCCAUCAUACCUGCCGACAAACUCACGACAUUUGUCGGCAAAGGCACGUACUUGAUGGGCAUGAUGGGCGGGAUGAUUAAAUCAGCUGGGACGCGCAUCAGAACCGGGGUGGAAGCCAAAUUUAUCCUUGUCGAUGGCCUAGUUGACCCUGAGAGCGUCGUCUCUCAUAUCUACAUGGGAUUCCUUCCACAGGCACUUGAACAGGGCCAGUUUGUGCCAGCCCCCCCACCGUAUGUUGUGGGCAAGGGGUUGGACAAGAUCCAAGAGGCUCUCCAUAUCCAGAGAAAGGGUGUGUCGGGAAAGAAACUUGUUGUGACGCUUUAG